AGUAGCGAACGCGGCGUUGAGAGUUACGGCUAGAAUGCCUUGGCGGACUAGUCAAGACUGGUUUCGAGCAAUUCGUGUAUAACAAAUGAAACUAAAAUCGGAGUUACGUGGAAAAAAAAGUGUGAAAGCAGUGUUUUUGGUAGAGUCCCACCAUAAUUGAAGUAUAUAGUAAAUGCGACGAUGAGUUUUCAAAUUUGUCGCUGUUGUUUGCGCGAGAAUCCUGCGGCUACAUAUGGUAUUUUCGAUAAAAUUAGCUUCAGUGAUUGUUUUAGUAACGGUAAUUACAGCGUUGACGGUAGCGUAAGUUUGCGUGCCGCCUUACUCAGCUGUGCGCCGAAUCUGCAUGUCGAGCACGAUGACGGACUGCCGGACGUCAUAUGUGAACACUGUUUGGUGCGUUUACGCGACGCAAUGGAGUUCCGACGGCGUUGUGAGGAAAGCGAACGUGAACUGCAACGCCGUUAUGCAGAUACGGAACGCGCCAUAGAAGAGGCGCUACAAAUCAUCAACAUGAUGGAUACUAAGGGUCAACAAGGCAACGCAGAUUUGGGUUGUGUGACUGGUCUGCAUUUAACUGGUGACUUGGCUCCAAAUGAACUCGCCAUGUUGGAUGAUCUCUUGCAAUUGGAAGAGCAUAAUAUCGUACCGCUGCCAGUGAGUGCACAGCAUAUAGCAACGGCGGAGCAGCCGCCACCACUAAAGGGACUCAUGCAUAGAGCAGUGAAGGAUAUGCGUUUACUCAACGAUACAACAACAACGGAUCUUAAAAUACAAAUGCCUGUAAGCAACAUUGAGCCGGAUAUAAAUGAAGAAGCACCGGUUAGUCCGCAACAUACCGACAGCUCAGCUUCGCAUACGGACAGCUCACAGGAGUGUACGCCGAAGUCGUUGCAUCCCUGUCCCGAGUGUGAAAAGAAAUUCACACGCAAAUUUCAGCUCAAACUACACAUGAUCUCCGUGCACAAGUUGGGCGAUGGACUGCAGUACGUAUGCAAAGAAUGCGGCAAAACCUUCGCUUCACGUCACAGCCUUAGCUAUCAUCAACGUUCGGUACAUUCGGACGAGCGGCCAUUUGCAUGCACGCACUGCGAUCGUCGCUUCGUUUUGCGCACACAACUCUCCUCACAUCUGCGUAUACACACUGGCGAAGCCAAGCCGCGCAUUUUCGAGUGUCCGGUGUGUGACAAACGUUGGCCGACCAAGUCGGUCUUGCGCACGCACAUGCGCUCCCAUGUCGUGACACAGGAGCGUCCCUUUAAGUGUCAUCAAUGCGAGAAGGCGUUCUUUACGCGCGGUCAUCUGAGCUCUCACCUGCUGGUGCAUAGCGGUGAAAAGCCAUUUUCGUGUCCCACCUGCGGCAAAUCGUAUCAGUGUGUGGGGAAUUUGAAUAAUCAUAUGGCGCGACAGCAUGACUUCGAACGCAGCUUGGCACGGAGCCGCAGUACUACUGUCGAGCUCUAGGAAAUAUAGGUUAACAUUUCAUUAUACUCAUUUAUGCAUUAUUAUUGAUAUUACCAUACUUCUAAUUAAUCGGUUUUUGUACUUACCAGAUUUUUUAUAUUAAUUGAGAGUUAUUUGUUUUGAAGUAUUAAAUGUAGUGUUUUU